GAGCUUCAAAGGAUGGCGACAAUGUCUGAUCUUUCACCAGAAUUGGUAGGGGAGAUUCUCGCUAGGGUUCCGUUGACAUCUUUGAGUUCAGUGCGGUGUACUUGCAAAAUGUGGAACGCUUUAUCCAAAGAUGAGAUUCUUUGCAAAGCAGCAGAAGCAAGGAAACAGUUUAUGGGAUUCAUGAUGAUGGAUUCUAGGGUUUGUUCUGUGAAGUUUGAUCUCCAAGGAAUCCGAAAAGAGGAAGAAGACUUUGUUGAUCCAUGUAUAAAACAAAUAGAUAAACUUGAUCAAUUCAAGGUAUAUAAAGUCCUACAAUGCGACGGCUUGUUGUUAGUUGUCAUGGAGGACAACUCGAGUCUUCUAGUAUGGAAUCCUUACUUAGGACAUAUGAGGUUUAUCAAACCCAGAGAAAUUUUCCACCUUCUCGACUGUUAUGCUCUCGGAUAUGACAGUAACCGUAACCACAAAAUCUUGAGGAUUACGACAACCGUGUACGAAAUCUACGACUUUAGCUCUCAUUCUUGGAGGGUUCUUGAGGUCACUCCCGACUGGGACAUACCCCAUUAUCAACGGUUCGUGUCUUUGAAUGGAAACGCUUACUUUUUCUCCCAAGAGAAGCUAGUAAUUAUAGGAGAUGUAGAAGAGAUUGAAGAUUUUUUACUCUGUUUUGAUUUCACAACCGAGAGGUUUGGGCCACGUCUUCCUCUGCCAUUUCACUCUUAUGUGUGUGAAACUGUGGCUCUAUCUUGUGUUAGAGAUGAUCAGCUUGCGGUGUUAUACCAGCGGUUGGAGCCAGAUUUGGUAUUGGAUAUUUGGGUUACCACUAACAUCGAGCCCACUGCCGUGUCCUGGAGCAUGUUUUUAAGAGUGGAUAUGAAACCACUCACUGGUUUUCAGUUCGAUGAAGAAUCUGGGAGCUUCUUUAUCGACCAAGAGAAGAAAGUCGCCGUGGUUUUCGAUUUAGACAGGUAUAGACGGUUCGAGAUCCAUCGCUACCAGACAGCUUACAUCAUUGGAGAAGAUGGAUACUUCAAAAUUGUAAAUCUCAGGGAAGCUCCGGAUCUAGGGAAACCUGACAAGUUCUAUGCGUUCUGUUACCCACUUUUGUCCUCUUCUAAUUAUUCUCCAAGCUUAGUGCAACUCUAA